AUGCACUGCACAGCACACAAUCCCCAUGGUCGGACGUCCACCGGCUCCAUCUCGUGGCGCAGCUGCCGCCGCACCUCUCAACCGCGCCGGAAGCCACAGCAGCACCUCAUGCCGCGAGUGACGAGCCAGCGCAUACGCUGGGGCUACCACCGGACAGGGAUCCGAUGGCAGAGCCAAAUCCGGCCACCACCACGGCCAAACCGCCGUGCCCCUCAGCCCGGGGCCGCCGCCCCGGCUUCCUUCACGCACCCCAAGCUCCGAGCGAGCGAAGCGGCGACGACCUGGCGCCGCCACCCCGCACGAGGACCCGCGCAGUCCAGAGGCGCCCGCCCGCAAAAACUGGAUCGAGAUCCAGCACGCCACGCGAACGACGCAUCCAGCACUGCGCCGCCCAAGGCCCGCUCCCACCAGCCACCACCGGCGCGCAACAGAUCGCGGCCACCACCUCCCGGGGCCGCCGCCCCGGCAUCCCGCGCCGGCGAGCCGCCGGCCACCGCCCCAGAAGCGCUCGACGACUCCGAGCGCCACCAGCAGACCGGACCUCCCCUGGCACCUUCGGCAGCAGGGGGGCCCGCCGCCACCGCGGCGCAUGGGCCGGCGGCAGCGGCGGCGAGCGGAGAGGCGGAGGAGUGA